AUGACGAACUGUGAACGUGAGCGACGCGAGCUUGAGGAGCAGAUGGAGGAGGAGGAGCGCGAGCGCCAGGCCGCGCGUCGCGAGGCGGCGGAGCGUGCAGCGGAGGAGGUGAAGAGGCUUUGGGACAAACCGCCGGCCGAGCCGAUUCCGGUCCCGGUGCCGGUCCCAAUGCCUACGGUGGUGCCGGCUCUCAUACCAUCCGCUGCUUUGCCGCCUGUUCCAGCACCUGCUCCAAUGGCCACGGCUCCUAAGACCCUGUCUGCCCUCAUGCAGGCCCAAGCUGCUGGAGCAAACAUCGCUGCCUCGCUUCUGGCUGCGCAGCCGGCUGGCAUGGUGGGCAUGUCAGGAGGAGAGGAAGCACCCGGCGACAUCACGGCUCUGGUGCAGGUGCCUGCCGGCAGGGUCAAAGACCUGCUGGGCGUGCAGGGAAGGAACAUCAAAGCUCUCAAGUCCCAGACCGGCGUGGCUAAAGUUGGCGUCCUGGAUCGAAAUGAUCCAGCCAACGUGGAGAUUGUUGGCUCUCCUGCGGCGGUUGAGAAGUGCAAGGAGCUGGUCAACUGCAUUGUGGAGGGUGACCUUACAGCGAUCGGCAACAUCACCGAGAUCAUGGACAUCGAGCCCAGGCUGAUUUCCAGACUCAUUGGUCCCAGAGGCCAGAACAUCUCGAACAUGAAGGAUCAGAGCGGCGCCUACUUGGCUGUGAAAGAGCCUUCGCCUGGCAUGGGAAACAAGGUGGUCAUCGUUGGCUUUCCAGAAUGUGUGGCCCGUGCAAGAGAGCUUGUGGUUUCGUUCCUGAACCACGAGGCUGCAGCUGCAGGCCCUGCUUUUGGAAUGGGGAUGCCGCAUGCUGGACCAGUGCAUGCUGCACCACCGCCUCAUCUGAGACCGAUGCAAGGGCCAGGGCAGGUUCCUCCAGUUCCUGCUCCUUGUUGGGCAGGGGGUAUGGGCCCUGGCACAGGCGCUUUCCCUGGCCAGGCACCUGAUGCUGCCUGGACACCUGGUAAGGGCGCGUGCGAAGCAGGUUGGCACGAUGGCUCUGCUUGGCAGGGCGAUGGGCAUGGGCAGUGGGGUGCAGCCAGAGGUACUGAUUGGGGGCCUCCUCAGCCUCCUCAGCCGCCUCAGCCUCCUCAACCUCCACAGCCUCCACAGCCUCCUCAGCCUCCUCAGCCGCCUCCUCCUCCAUGUCACGGCCAGUUCGGGAAAGGACACGGUCAAGAUGAGAGUUGGCCUCAAGAAAGCUGGGACUAUGGCCACAGCGCUGCUAGUGGUGCUGUUUUCCAUCAGGGUCCUCAUCAGGCUGCAGACUAUGGUGCGGCCAUGCACGCAGGCCACGAGGAGUAUCGCAACUCCGGAAAUGGAUUUGACUCACGCGGCAAAGGCGGGUCGAUGGCGUGGGGUCAGCAAGCGGCCGGCCAGGAGCAGUGGCAUGGCUAUGGCAGUGACCAACGAGGACAAGGCUGGGGUCAGUGGCCACAAGGCGAGUGGGACGAAAG